UGUUUGGAGUGGAUUACCAAGCAAAGUUGAAAGAAUGUGGAACGUUAACCUGUAGUCCGGGGGGACAUACAGACAAGGAGCAGGUAGAGGAAGGUGCCGUUUACAUUCGAAGUUGAGUUCAAGAUCUUCAGUAUUGCCAUGACCGUCAAGACUUGAAGAAUCAUCAAGUGAGACUCAGACAUUUCUAGCAUUAUUUUUUAUAUCAUUUCAUUUCUGAAAGUUCAUUUAAAUCAUCAUUAUGGAAUUCAAACCAUUUGUUUUGAUAUUAAUGUGUUUUUCUGCGUUUGCUGAUCCAAAUCCAAGUAAAUUAGGUUUGCAAAUAAAUGACUCAUCAACCAUGCCAGAAGAAGAACCACCAGAAGGAUAUUAUGCUUUUAUUGAAUCACCAAAUGCUGAACCACCAAAACUACGACCACCUCCUUACAUAGAUAGUGAUAAAGAAUGCUAUGAUACUGGAAAACAAGGCCAAGGUUUUGUGUCAAUACACAAUGUUUGUGGAGAUUUGAAUAAAGGAUACAUACCUAGAAAUCCAAUGAAACAAAACGUUGCUGGCUCAUCAUAUCCAUUUGAGCUGAUAAGAAACCACACACUCAAAUUUUUGAGUAAAACAGUACCCAUACUUAAAGCAGAUGAUUCAUUGCCAAAAGUUGCUAAAGUUCAACCGUUUUCUCAAAACUCAGUCCAUACCAAUGAGAAACGCAGCCGAAGCAAACGAUCAGCAGAAUCAAACACAGAUGCAAAUCGAAGUGGUCGUAAAUUUUGUGAGAACGGUAGUGGAGUUGUCUGCAUGCUGUACAAAGCUAUUCAGGGAGAACCAUUAACUUCAUCUGUUGUUGAACGAAGAGAUGAACCAAUAUCACCUGAAUAUCGUCAGCGAACUCCAUCUCAAGAGAAACCUGAAUACACUGGACCACCAACUCCAUGUCCGGCGAAAGUAGAAUAUGCUACUCCAGUUUUUGCUAAAAAUUAUCAAGGAAUCUGGCGUUAUGUUGUUCAAAUUCCUUAUGAAGGAUAUUUCACUCAAACUAUUGAAUUAACGAGAUGCAUGCAACCUAAGUGCCAUUACUUAGAUGGUGGCUGUCUAUCAUCACCAAGAUGGACGAGUCUUCUAGUAGCGGAAAUAUUUUACCCAGAUACUUUCCUCGAGGAAAACCAGAACGGCAAAUUCCCAGGUCCAAGAGAACCAAUAGCAGGCUCACCACCACCUGUUCAUGAUUAUCAGAAUUUCCAGAUGUAUUUGCAAAAAAGAGCUGGAGAAAAUGAAGGACGCAGUAGUACAAGUCAACAACACCAUUGUGAUGGAGUUGAUGAUAUGGGCUGUUUCCAGGUUCGUCUCUAUUAUGACUGGUUCUUAGUACCUGGAAGCUGUAAAUGCUGGAGACCUGAUUACUUUAAUCGUUAUGUUCGUCGCACUAGCAUAAGCUCUGAUUUGUAAAUCUAAUUUUUGCUAUCUUGUUUGAAGAUAAAAUACUAAUGACUUUAAUUACUUGGAUUAGAAGUUGUGGAAAUUUUAAUUUUCAAUUGUUUUCCAGCUCUACUCAGCGAAGUAAUUAUACUUGAUAGUAAUUUAAAAAAAAAACGACUGAUGAUUGCUGUAGUUUAGUAUUAUACGGAUUGUAAAUUUAGAUUCUAGUGUAUGUAGACUACAAAUUAACAAUUAAGUAUUUUAUUGUAUUUUUUCAUUUAAUAAAACUUUUUUAUUUCUAGUUAA